AGCGAGCGUGGUUCAUGGAACGCGUCCGAGCGAGCGCGGCGCGACACGGGGUAUCCCAUGCGCUCUGGCAGCCCGAGUCACGAUGGACGGCCCGGCGAUGCGCUGCAAGGUCGUGGUGAUAGGAGACAGCCAGUGCGGCAAGACGGCCCUCUUGCACGUCUUCGCAAAGGACUGCUUCCCAGAGGGCUACAUCCCGACGGUGUUUGAGAACUACACGGCCAGCUUCGAAAUCGAGAAGCAGCGGAUCGAGCUCAACAUGUGGGACACGUCUGGGUCACCGUACUACGACAACGUCCGGCCGCUCGCCUACUCGGACUCUGACGUGGUCCUCAUCUGCUUCGACGUCGGUCGCCCCGAGACACUGGACAGCACCCUCAAGAAAUGGCAGGCGGAGUCGCAGGAGUUCUCCUCCAGCAAGGUGCUGCUCAUCGGCUGCAAGGCCGACCUGCGCGUCGACCUGCCCACCCUGCUCGAGCUCUCCAAGCAGCGCCGCAUCCCCGUCACGCAGGAGCAGGGGGCGGUGGUGGCGCACCAGCUCGGCGCGGCAGCCUACGUGGAGUGCUCGGCGAAGCUCUCGGAGAACAGCGUGCGCGACGUCUUCCACAUGGCCACGCUGGCCGCGCUCGGCCGCCUGCCCCGGCACCUGCUCAAACGCGGCCGUUCCCGGCUCGAGGCGUCCACCGCCGCCGCCGCCGCGUCCCAGACGCCGCGCGAGACUCCCGUGCCACAGCAGCUCGUGGCGCGCAAGGAGCGCGCCAAGAGCUGUGUGCUCAUGUGAAGGAGCGCCGCAAGGCCCCCGCGGGAUUGACGGAUCCGCGCGCCGGAGACUCGCGGGAUGCACCGCAAGACGUCGUGAAGGACCUUCCCUCCUCGCGUGGGCCGCGGUUUGAUGGAUUGAGGGUUCUCGGAACCCACCAGCCUGCCCUCCCCCCGCACGCACCGUGAGGUUCAGUCGCUUCACUGUAAGUGCCGUGGGGGGGGGGGGGGCGUUAAGAGCCAGAUGUUGCCGAUGGGGGUUCACGGAUAGCUAAACGCGUCGUGGUAAUGUGAACGAAAAUAUUUUGUAUUGCCGAGGUAUCCGUGUCUCUGUGCGUGUGUGCGGACCCGCGAUCUGACGAGAGGGCGCGAGUUCCAUCGCACGGGAGCUCCUGGCGAAGGAGGUUGCCCCUGCCGCCCCCGCUGACCCGCCCACGCGACGUUUAGUGUGCGAAGUGUUUGCAGCGGCGGUCAUUGCGAGCAAACUCGGAACUCGAGUUGUGAAGAUGGAGCUGCCGUCACGCGGCGAUCUCGUUCCACUUCUCGCGGCGAGAGAGGCGGUAUUUUAAGUCGGCAGCGUUGGUGUUCAACACAAAGAAGAGUUACGUGCAAUACAGACGCUUGGUGUGCUGUGGCUUACGCGUCACCCUACAAUCACCGCUCCAGUAACAAAAACUUAGAUCGACCGGCCGUUCCAAAGGUAUAGUUUGCCGAGACGAUUAAUUCACCUCAAAUCUAUCCAUCGUGUUAAAUGUGCCGCAAAUUUUGAAUGUGUUUUAUUUAACAGCUUCUUGCUGCUGCUGCUGCUGAUGCUGCUGCUGAAACAUAACUUCUAGUUAGCAUUGCUGUUCGUGCGUGUGUGUGGUCAUGCGCGUGAUAUUUAUAUGAGGAUAGCGUUAUUGUGACCGUGCAGUGAUGCGACAUGUAAAUCGGUCAGCCUCGUAAAUCGGUCAGCCUUGGCAAGACAGCACCGUUGUCACCAUUUUUUCUCUCGGUAAAUUACACUUCAACAAGGAAACCGCGAGCGUGUCAUCUCGCGAGUUAAUGAUGCUUUUCACGCGGUCUUGCGGACGACGCGCACAUUGAAAAUGUACGUGUCUCUUGAGUGUUGGUAUACCCCUUUCCGCGUCAGAUCCUGACGGCGCAUUUCCAUGACCACUGGGAAAUGGGGUGGCUCGGUUUGAAAACCAGGCUUGCGUUUUCCAGGGCGAUCCAACCAAUACCACUUUUUCCACUGGCACAUUCGAGCCAGGCAAGUGGGAGGUUUUCCAUCGGCUGCAGGAACUAAAUUAAACUAUUUUAUUUUACCAGGUAAGGCCCGCUGAGCCACAGAGCUCUUUCGUCAGAAGCGACCUGGCCACAAAUGAUAGCUCAACAAAGUGGCUCAUCAUCGUGUGGAAAGGUCGGGGUCAGCAAGGGGUGGUUAGUGGGGGAGGGCGGUUACUGUACCGAGUGCUCGGUCCGUGCCAGCUUCGUGUCUCAUCAAGUGAUGGUGGGUGGGACACGGAUCCCAGCGCAAUCCGGGGCCGUCCCUGCGCCGGUUGGUCAUGGAAAGGUGGCGUCGGUAAUUAUGUGGCGUGUCAGUUCUCGUGUCGUCUUCACCUGAUAUUUGGCGAGAAUCGGAUGAAGCAAAAUUACACUCAAAUAAAAAAAACCGCGUCAUUUGAG